GCGGGCCAUGAAUAUGGCCUUCGUUGAGUUCGUUAACAAAACCUGACUAACCCAGCCCCUGAUCAAUUUCUGCGUGAUUGUGUACAUGGAUGAUAUUUUGGUCUUUUCAAAAACACAUGAGUACCACGUGGAACAUAUUGAGUGGGUUUUGCAUGCACUAAAGGAUGCGGGGUUCAAAGUGGCCUUGGAGAAAAGCGAGUUCUUCUUGUCGGAGAUCUCAUUCUUGGGGUACAUCGUCACGGUUGAUGGACUAAAACCGGAUCCGAGGAAGGUGGCAGCAGUUCAAGAAGCCCCGGCGCCGGUCACACUCACCCAGGUUCGGGCUUUUCUAGGGAUGGCAUCCUAUUACCGAUGCUUCAUCAAGGGGUUCGCCGGUAUAGCGAAGCCCCUCACGAACCUGCUGAAGAAAGAGGAACAACUGAUCUGGACGCCGGAAUGUGAAGCGGCGUUUCAGGCGUUGAAGGAGGCUCUGGCAUCUGCUCCUGUGUUGGCGCGUCCCGACCCGACAAGACCGUUCGCACUGUACACCGACUGGCAGCCUCAGGCGAUAUCGGCGGUGCUGACUCAACAUGGGGCGGACGGAAGGGAACACGUCAUUGAGUAUGCGUCCAAGACGCUGAGCCAGGCGCAUGCUAAUUACGAAGCGUGCAAAGGAGAAUACCUCGCGGUGGUGUGGGGGAUCCAGCAUUUCCGACCGUAUCUUUACGGCCAAAAAUUCGUGCUGCUCACGGAGGGCCCUUAUCCCAUGCGCGAGUUCUCGGAGUAUUUGGUGGAGCUUACUUACGUAGAGCCGCUGCCCUUCGCCAACGAAGACGCGUGGGAGUUGCAGCGUGCGCUGUACAAGUUGGUGGCGCUGGGGAUGUUCCGGUUCUUCGUGGAUCACGAAGACCACUGCAUCGGGGAGCACUUCGUCGUCUACUUCGUCAUCACACGGCCCAAGCCAGCGGAGAAGGACGGGACGGUGGCGUUGUACCCAUUCGCCCAGCUCCAGACAAUCGAUCCGGGAUUGUUGGAGCUCAUACAUCUUGAGCUCCUCUCCAUUGCGCAAGUGAUCGCGAGCGAGGAGGAGGAGAUCCAACCACGAUUGCGGACGGUGACGGCCCCGCGGAGAACGUACAACGCGGUCGUCAUCCCGGAUUACAUUGCGCAGCGCGCGGAGAGGUUGGAGGACUUCCCGGAGGAAAAACCGUUGCGACCUCCCUCGUCGUAUCUACGACCGGCGCCACCGAAGGCCCCCAAGAAGACGCCGAAGAUGAAGAGACGCCACCCGUCGCCAAGAGCGCAAGGCAGCAGGAUCGGCGGCGGCGAGGAGGUGAUUCAGCCCGCUCGUACGCGAAAUCCUGACCCCGUGCCUGGGAGUGCGGCGACGCUCGUUAAGGAGAUUGUCGCGCCAUCGCCGCCCUUUCCGCGUGUGCCCGAUCUCAAUCUUGAUGGAGCCGGGCCAUCAUCAUCAUCAGCGGCCGAAGGAGGAAGCCGAAUGGGAUUUUCGGAUCCCAUAUCCAGACCCCCCGUCCUCGCGGGACCUCUCCGAGGCAGUUUAAAGCAGGGCAGUUUUAAACCUGCAAGGCGUUUCGACUCAUGGCAGCAGCUGCAAGUUCACCGCAUGUUCACCAAGCGUGCAGCUCAUACUGCCACACUCGUUGGAGACCGAAUCUUUGUGAUGGGUGGUCAGACCCGUGAUGCCUGUCUCAAUGAUUUGUGGGUUUUUGACACGAGGACGGAGGAAUGGGAGAUGCAUAAUUUGCCUGGAGCAUUCUCUCCUCGGGCGUAUCAUACUGCAACCUUGCUUGAUGGCAGGUUCAUCUGGGUGAUUGGAGGAAGCACGCGUGAAUGUCUUGUGGAUGAUGUGUUUGUUCUCGACACCGAUAGGAUGAAGGAAACAGGGAAAUGUAUGGGUGGUGCUUCUCGUCUGGGCAUGAUGAUAACGAUGAUGAUUAUGAUGAUGAAGAUGAUGAUGUAUGUGAUGGCGAUCAUGAUGAUAGCAACAAUUGUUAUGAUGAUGUUACAUGUAAAGGCCAUGGGGAUUAUUCUGGACAGGGAAGCAGAAGUACGAGGUGAAGAUGAAGAAGAACAAGAAGGAGAAGAACAAAAAGAACAAGAAGGAGAAGAAGAAGAAGAAGAAGAAGAAGAAGAAGAAGAAGAAGAAGGCGAUGACUACAACGGCAGAGAAGGAGAAGACGACGAAGAAGAAGAGGCAGGAGGAGGAGGAGGAGAAGAAGAAGAAGAAGAAGAAGAAGAAGAAGAAGAAGAAGAAGAAGAAGAAGAAAGAAGAAAAAAGAAGACGAAGAAGGUGCACCACAUGGGUCGGUAUCCAACCCACGCAGGUCAGACAGGAGAUGUGGCCUCAGAGUAUGGGUUCAGAAAAUGGCUCAAUGGCCAUGCAGGCCUUUAGUGUCCGAGUUCGGGGUCCCAAGAGUCAAAAUGCUGAGGUGUACCCACUUUUAAUAAAACAAGCCCACUGUU